AUGGUGAUUCUGGCUGAUGGAGGCAGCAGGUGUAACAUCGAGAAAAUGGUAGUUCUGGGUCAAGGAGGCAGCAGGUGUGACUUUGGCAGAGAAGAUGAAGUGGUUCUCCAGUGCGUUGCCAACAUUCAAAAGGAACAACGGAAGUUCUGCCUGGCAGCUGAGGGUCUCGGGAAUCGCCUGUGCUUCUUGGAACCCACUUCAGAAGCCAAGUACGUUCCUCCAGACCUCUGUGUCUGCAACUUUGUCCUGGAACAGUCCCUGUCUGUCAGAGCCCUGCAGGAAAUGCUUGCCAGCACAGUUGACAAUGGUGGUGAAGGGCUCAGUGACCUCUCGGAAUGGGCAGCCCAAGGAGGUGGCCAUAGGACUCUAUUGUAUGGCCAUGCGAUUCUCCUGAGGCACUCCUUCAGUGGAAUGUAUCUAACAUGUUUAACUACAUCAAGAUCACAGACAGAUAAACUUGCAUUUGAUGUAGGUCUACGAGAGCAUGCCACAGGAGAAGCCUGUUGGUGGACCAUACAUCCUGCUUCCAAACAAAGGUCUGAGGGAGAGAAAGUUCGAAUUGGUGACGACCUCAUCCUUGUAAGCGUGUCCUCGGAGAGAUACCUCCAUCUUUCGAUCUCAAAUGCUAACAUACAAGUGGAUGCCUCCUUUAUGCAAACACUCUGGAAUGUACAUCCUACGUGCUCAGGAUGUAGCAUCGAAGAAGGAUAUCUACUUGGUGGGCAUGUAGUACGUCUUUUCCAUGGCCAUGAUGAGUGUUUGACGAUACCAUCAAUAGAUCAGAAUGAUUCCCAGCACAGGAGAAUAUUUUAUGAAGCUGGGGGAGCUGGGACACGAGCCAGAUCUCUGUGGAGAGUGGAACCCCUUCGGAUAAGCUGGAGCGGCAGUAACAUCAGAUGGGGUCAGGCUUUCCGACUCCGGCAUCUCACCACGGGCCAUUACCUGGCCUUAUCAGAGGACCAAGGUCUUAUACUGCAGGACCGGGGCAAAUCAGACACCAAAUCCACAGCCUUUUCUUUCCGGGCAUCAAAGGAAAUCAAGGAGAAAUCAGAUUCCACUCACAAGCGAGAUAUGGAAGGCAUGGGAGUUCCAGAAAUCAAGUAUGGCGAUUCUGUCUGCUUCGUCCAGCAUAUAGCCAGUGGUCUCUGGGUGACCUACAAAGCACAAGAUGCCAAAACAUCCCGGCUUGGACCCCUUAAAAGAAAGGUCAUACUCCAUCAGGAAGGCCACAUGGAUGAUGGAUUGACACUCCAAAGGUGCCAGCGUGAGGAGUCCCAGGCUGCUCGAAUCAUCCGGAAUACGACUGCUUUAUUCAGCCAGUUUAUAAGUGGAAACAAUCGCACAGCAGCCCCUGUCAGCCUACCAGUAGAAGAAGUCCGACAGACCUUACAGGACCUAAUCGCCUACUUCCAGCCUCCUGAGGAGGAGAUGCAGCAUGAAGACAAGCAGAACAAGCUCCGUUCACUGAAAAACAGACAGAAUCUUUUCAAGGAAGAGGGAAUGCUGGCCCUUGUGUUAAACUGCAUCGAUCGCUUAAACGUCUACAACAGUGUCGCUCACUUUGCAGGGAUCGUAAGGGAAGAGAGCAGCAUGGCCUGGAAAGAAGUGCUGAGCCUACUGUACAAAUUGCUGGCUGCUCUCAUUCGUGGAAAUAGAAACAACUGUGCUCAGUUCUCCAAUAACCUUGAUUGGCUAAUCAGCAAAUUGGAUAGACUCGAAUCUUCCUCAGGUAUCUUGGAAGUUUUGCACUGUAUUCUGAUUGAAAGCCCAGAAGCCUUAAAUCUGAUUGCAGAGGGUCAUAUCAAGUCCAUCAUCUCCUUGCUGGAUAAGCAUGGGCGGAAUCACAAGGUUCUGGAUGUGCUGUGUUCCCUGUGCCUGUGCAAUGGGGUUGCAGUAAGAGCCAAUCAGAAUCUCAUCUGUGACAACUUGCUGCCCCGAAGAAACCUGCUCUUGCAAACGCGGCUGAUUAAUGAUGUGACCAGUAUCCGGCCAAACAUCUUCCUGGGAGUGGCUGAGGGCUCAGCACAGUACAGGAAGUGGUACUUUGAGCUGAUCAUCGACCAGGUGGACUCCUUCCUGACAGCAGAACCCACACAUCUUCGGGUGGGCUGGGCCUCUUCAUCAGGCUAUGCCCCGUACCCUGGUGGUGGAGAAGGAUGGGGUGGCAAUGGUGUUGGUGAUGACCUAUACUCCUAUGGCUUUGACGGACUUCAUCUUUGGUCAGGCCGAAUACCCAGAACUGUGGCCUCUAUCAACCAGCACCUCCUGAAAUCAGAUGACGUGGUGAGCUGUUGCCUGGAUCUUGGGGUUCCUAGUAUCUCUUUCCGCAUCAAUGGGCAGCCUGUCCAGGGGAUGUUUGAAAACUUCAGCACAGAUGGGCUCUUCUUCCCUGUGGUGAGCUUUUCAGCAGGCGUCAAAGUGCGUUUCCUGAUGGGUGGGCGUCAUGGAGAAUUUAAGUUCCUGCCUCCCUCUGGCUAUGCCCCUUGCUAUGAAGCCUUACUUCCAAAGGAGAAGAUGAGACUGGAGCCUGUGAAAGAAUACAAGCGUGAUGCUGAAGGUGUUAGAGAUCUGCUGGGUACCACUCAGUUCCUCUCCCAGGCAUCUUUCAUCCCCUGCCCCAUUGACACCAGUCAGGUAGUUUUACCUCCUCACCUUGAGAAGAUCCGAGACAGACUAGCUGAAAACAUUCAUGAGCUUUGGGGGAUGAAUAAAAUUGAACUUGGCUGGACUUUCGGCAAGAUACGGGAUGACAAUAAAAGACAACACCCCUGCCUUGUGGAGUUUUCAAAGCUCCCGGAGACAGAGAAGAAUUAUAACCUACAAAUGUCAACUGAAACCUUAAAAACACUUCUAGCCCUGGGGUGCCACAUUGCCCAUGUGAAUCCAGCUGCUGAAGAGGAUCUCAGGAAAGUCAAACUUCCCAAAAACUAUGUGAUGGCCAAUGGCUAUAAGCCAGCCCCUCUGGAUUUGUCUGAUGUAAAAUUGUUACCUCCUCAAGAAAUUUUGGUGGAUAAACUUGCAGAAAAUGCCCACAAUGUUUGGGCAAAGGACAGAAUAAAACAAGGAUGGACAUAUGGCAUUCAACAGGAUUUGAAAAACAAAAGGAAUCCUCGAUUAGUUCCAUAUGCAUUAUUGGAUGAGCGUACCAAGAAGUCAAAUAGGGAUAGCCUUCGGGAAGCUGUUAGGACAUUUAUUGGUUAUGGUUAUAACAUUGAGCCCUCGGAUCAAGAGCUUGCUGACCCAGCUGUGGAAAAAGUCAGCAUAGACAAGAUUCGAUUUUUCCGAGUAGAGCGGUCCUAUGCCGUGAAAUCUGGAAAGUGGUAUUUUGAGUUUGAGGUCAUGACUGGAGGAGAUAUGCGCGUUGGCUGGGCCAGGCCCGGCUGUCGGCCUGACAUUGAGCUGGGAGCUGAUGACCAGGCCUUUGUGUUUGAAGGCAGUCGGGGCCAGCGCUGGCACCAGGGGAGUGGGUAUUUUGGACGAACCUGGCAGCCAGGAGAUGUGGUUGGAUGUAUGAUCAACCUAGAGGAUGCUUCAAUGAUCUUCACAUUGAAUGGGGAGCUGCUGAUCACCAACAAAGGCUCGGAACUUGCCUUUGCUGACUACGAAAUUGAGAAUGGCUUUGUGCCCAUCUGCUCCCUGGGCCUGUCUCAGAUCGGCCGCAUGAAUCUAGGGAUGGAUGCCAGUACCUUCAAGUUUUAUACCAUGUGUGGCCUCCAAGAGGGCUUUGAGCCUUUCGCUGUCAACAUGAACCGAGAUGUUGCCAUGUGGUUCAGCAAGCGCCUCCCAACAUUUGUCAACGUGCCUAAGGAUCAUCCGCAUAUAGAGGUCAUGAGGAUUGAUGGCACUAUGGACAGCCCCCCAUGCCUCAAGGUGACCCACAAAACAUUUGGAACACAGAAAAGCAAUGCCAACAUGAUCUACUGCCGCCUGAGUAUGCCUGUGGAGUGCCACUCCUCCUUCAGCCACAGCCCCUGCCUGGACAGUGACGCUUUUCAGAAAAGGAAACAGAUUCAGGAAAUGCUCUCUCAUACAACAACACAGUGUUAUUAUGCAAUCCGAAUCUUUGCAGGCCAGGAUCCCUCCUGUGUCUGGGUGGGAUGGGUGACUCCGGACUAUCACUUAUACAGUGAAAAGUUUGACCUGAGCAAAAACUGUACAGUGACCGUUACCCUGGGAGAUGAAAGAGGCCGGGUCCAUGAAAGUGUGAGGCGCAGCAAUUGCUACAUGGUCUGGGGUGGGGAUGCUGUGGCCACAUCCCAAAGAACAAGUCGGAGCAAUGUGGACCUAGAGAUUGGCUGCCUCGUGGAUCUGGCAAUGGGCAUGCUGUCCUUUUCAGCCAAUGGGAGAGAACUUAGUACCUACUACCAGGUAGAGCCCAACACCAAAGUAUUUCCAGCAGUUUUCCUGCAGCCGACCAGCACGUCUUUGUUUCAGUUUGAACUGGGGAAGCUGAAGAAUACAAUGCCCCUGUCAGCAGCUAUAUUUAAGAGUGAAGAGAAGAACCCAAUCCCUCAGUGUCCCCCUCGACUGGACGUCCAGACCAUCCAGCCUGUGCUCUGGAGCCGCAUGCCCAGCAGCUUCCUGAAGGUGGAGACUGAGAGGGUGAGCGAGCGCCAUGGCUGGGCGGUGCAGUGCCUGGAGCCACUACAGAUGAUGGCGCUCUACAUCCCUGAGGAGAACAGGUGUGUGGAUAUUCUGGAGCUCUGUGAGCAAGAGGACCUGAUGCGUUUCCAUUUCCACACACUGAGACUCUACAGUGCUGUGUGUGCCCUCGGAAACAGCCGAGUGGCUUAUGCCUUGUGUAGCCAUAUCGACCUCUCCCAGCUCUUCUAUGCCAUUGACAACAAGUACCUCCCUGGCCUCCUUAGGUCUGGUUUCUAUGACUUACUCAUCAGCAUUCACCUUGCCAAUGCCAAGGAGAGGAAGCUCAUGAUGAAGAAUGAAUAUAUCAUCCCCAUUACCAGUACCACCAGGAAAAUCCACCUCUAUCCAGAUGGAUCCAAGAGGCACGGAUUACCUGGGGUGGGCCUAAGAACGUGCCUCAAGCCAGGGUUCAAGUUCUCCACCCCUUGCUUUGUUGCAACCAGUGAAGAGCACCAGAAACAGAGCCCUGAGAUUCCCUUGGAGAUUCUCAAGACAAAAGCACUAAACAUGCUGACAGAGGCCGUGCAGUGCAGUGGUUCCCACAUCCGGGACCCAGUUGGGGGAUCUGUGGAGUUCCAGUUUGUGCCUGUGCUAAAACUCAUCGGAACUUUGCUGGUAAUGGGAGUGUUUGACGAUGAUGAUGUUCGGCAUAUUCUCCUCCUUAUUGAUCCCUCUGUGUUUGGGGAGCACGGUGGAGAGACGGAGGAGGGAGCUGAGAAGGAAGAAGUGACCCAGGAGGAAGAGAAAGCUGUGGAAGCUGGAGAAAAAUCAAGCAAGGCGACCCCCAUCAAAGGCCUGCUGCAGACAAGAUUACCAGAGUCUGUCAAGUUACAGAUGUGCGAGCUCCUCAGCUAUCUCUGUGACUGUGAGCUACAGCACCGCGUGGAGGCCAUUGUGGCAUUUGGUGACAUUUAUGUCUCCAAACUCCAGGCAAAUCAGAAGUUCCGCUACAAUGAACUCAUGCAAGCCCUCAACAUGUCUGCAGCCCUGACUGCCCGGAAGACCAGGGAGUUCCGCUCCCCACCUCAAGAGCAGAUCAACAUGCUGCUUAACUUUCAACUAGGGGAGAAUUGCCCCUGCCCAGAUGAGAUUCGGGAAGAACUCUACGACUUCCAUGAAGAUCUGCUCAUUCACUGUGGUGUCCCCCUGGGGGAAGAGGAGGAGGAGGAGGAGGACACUUCUUGGACUGGGAGGCUUCGCAUGCUGAUGUGUAAGGUCAAAGGACCCUCCAAGCCAGAGAAGCAGCAGCCAAGGGAGGAGGAAGAGCUUUGUCCUACAACCCUCAAAGAGCUCAUCUCUCAGACAAUGAUUCGCUGGGCCCAGGAGGACCAAAUCCAAGAUGCAGAGCUCAUCCGCAUGAUGUUCAACCUGCUCCAAAGGCAAUACGACAGCAUCGGGGAGCUCCUGCAGGCACUGCGGAAGACUUAUACUAUCAGCCAAGCAUCUGUGAGUGACACCAUCAACCUCUUGGCAGCGCUGGGCCAGAUUCGCUGCCUCCUCAGUGUCAGGAUGGGCAAGGAAGAAGAGCUUCUCAUGAUCAACGGGUUGGGAGACAUAAUGAACAACAAGGUGUUUUACCAGCACCCCAACCUCAUGCGGGUCCUUGGCAUGCACGAGACAGUGAUGGAGGUCAUGGUGAAUGUGCUGGGAGCAGAGAAAUCCCAGAUUGCUUUCCCGAAGAUGGUUGCUAGCUGCUGCCGCUUCCUUUGUUAUUUCUGUCGAAUUAGCCGGCAAAAUCAGAAGGCCAUGUUUGAACAUCUAAGCUACCUACUGGAGAACAGCAGUGUUGGUCUAGCCUCUCCUUCUAUGAGGGGAUCUACCCCGUUGGAUGUAGCAGCUUCCUCUGUGAUGGACAACAACGAGUUAGCACUGAGCUUAGAAGAACCAGACCUUGAGAAGGUGGUAACCUACUUGGCAGGCUGUGGCUUGCAGAGCUGUCCCAUGCUUCUGGCCAAAGGAUACCCUGAUGUUGGCUGGAACCCCAUUGAAGGAGAGCGGUACCUAUCCUUCCUGCGGUUUGCUGUCUUCGUGAAUAGUGAAAGUGUGGAAGAAAAUGCAAGUGUUGUGGUCAAGCUACUCAUCAGACGCCCAGAAUGCUUUGGUCCUGCCCUCAGGGGUGAAGGAGGAAAUGGUCUUUUGGCCGCCAUGGAAGGUGCCAUUAAGAUCUCAGAGAACCCAGCCCUUGACCUGCCCUCACAAGGAUACAAGAGAGAAAUCAGCAUGGAAGAUGAUGAAGAUGAAGAAGAGAUCGUGCACAUGGGAAAUGCAAUUAUGUCGUUUUAUUCUGCUCUUAUAGAUCUACUGGGCCGCUGUGCUCCAGAAAUGCAUCUUAUCCAGACAGGAAAAGGGGAAGCCAUCCGGAUCAGGUCAAUCCUGCGCUCCUUGGUCCCCACAGAGGACUUGGUUGGAAUUAUCAGCAUUCCUCUGAAACUGCCUUCUUUGAACAAAGAUGGGUCGGUGAGCGAGCCCGACAUGGCGGCCAACUUCUGCCCUGACCACAAAGCUCCCAUGGUGCUAUUCCUGGAUCGUGUUUACAGCAUAAAGGAUCAGACUUUUCUCCUCCACUUGUUGGAGGUUGGAUUCUUACCUGAUUUAAGAGCCUCCGCCUCUCUAGAUACCGUUUCUCUAAGCACCACAGAAGCUGCACUGGCACUCAAUCGGUAUAUAUGUUCUGCAGUGCUCCCGCUGCUCACAAGAUGUGCCCCACUCUUUGCCGGAACAGAACACUUUACCUCUCUGAUUGAUUCUACACUGCAGACCAUCUACAGGCUUUCCAAGGGUCGGUCCCUCACCAAGGCCCAGAGGGAUACAAUUGAAGAAUGUUUGCUUGCCAUUUGCAAUCACUUGCGACCUUCCAUGUUACAGCAACUCCUGCGACGUCUUGUUUUUGAUGUCCCACAGCUCAAUGAAUACUGCAAGAUGCCUCUGAAGCUUCUUACGAAUCACUAUGAGCAGUGCUGGAAAUAUUACUGUCUGCCCUCAGGAUGGGGGAGUUAUGGACUUGCUGUAGAGGAAGAGCUGCACCUGACAGAAAAGCUCUUUUGGGGGAUUUUUGACUCUCUCUCCCAUAAGAAGUAUGAUCCAGAUCUUUUCCGAAUGGCCCUGCCUUGUCUCAGUGCUAUAGCUGGGGCCUUGCCACCGGAUUAUUUAGACACUAGAAUCUCAGCCACAUUGGAGAAACAGGUCUCAGUGGAUGCAGAAGGCAACUUUGACCCCAAACCUAUCAACACCAUGAAUUUCUCCUUGCCUGAAAAACUGGAGUACAUUGUCACCAAGUAUGCUGAGCAUUCACAUGAUAAAUGGGCCUGUGACAAGAGCCAGAACGGAUGGAAAUAUGGAAUUUCCCUGGAUGAAAAUGUGAGGACCCAUCCAUUGAUAAGACCUUUCAAGACAUUAACUGAGAAGGAAAAGGAAAUUUACCGCUGGCCAGCCAGAGAAUCUCUGAAAACCAUGUUGGCUGUGGGCUGGACUGUUGAGAGAAUCAAAGAAGGCGAAGCCUUGGUUCAACAGCGGGAAAAUGAGAAACUUCGAAGCAUGUCCCAGGCUAGCCAGGGAAACAGCUAUAGCCCUGCUCCCUUGGAUCUUUCCAACGUGGUACUAUCGAGAGAGCUCCAGGGCAUGGUAGAGAUUGUGGCAGAGAACUACCAUAAUAUCUGGGCCAAGAAGAAGAAACUGGAGUUGGAUAGCAAAGGUGGUGGCAGUCACCCUCUUUUAGUGCCAUAUGACACCUUGACAGCCAAAGAAAAGUUCCGAGACAGAGAGAAGGCACAGGACCUGUUCAAAUUUCUCCAGGUGAAUGGCAUCACAGUUUCUAGAGGAAUGAAGAACUUAGAGCUGGAUGCUUCUUCUAUGGAAAAAAGAUUUGCUUACAAGUUUUUGAAGAAGAUCCUGAAAUAUGUUGAUUCUGCCCAAGAGUUUAUUGCCCACUUAGAAGCCAUUGUCAGUAGUGGGAAAACUGAGAAGUCUCCCCAUGACCAGGAGAUCAAAUUUUUUGCUAAAGUUCUCCUGCCUCUAGUUGACCAGUACUUCACCAAUCACCGCCUCUACUUCCUGUCUUCACCUCUGAAGCCCCUGAGCAGCAGUGGGUAUGCCUCCCAUAAGGAAAAGGAAAUGGUGGCUAGCCUGUUCUGCAAACUCGCUGCCCUGGUUAGACAUAGGAUUUCCCUCUUCGGGAGCGAUUCUGCUACAAUGGUGAGCUGUCUUCACAUCUUAGCUCAGACGCUUGACACAAGGACUGUCAUGAAAUCAGGCUCCGAGCUGGUGAAAGCAGGCUUACGAGCCUUUUUUGAAAAUGCUGCGGAAGACUUAGAGAAGACUUUGGAAAACCUGAAACUAGGGAAGUUUACCCAUUCCAGAACACAGAUUAAAGGUGUUUCUCAAAAUAUCAACUAUACCACAGUGGCUCUACUCCCCAUCCUCACCUCCAUCUUUGAGCACGUGGCCCAGCAUCAAUUCGGGGUGGAUUUGCUCUUGGGCGACGUGCAGAUUUCAUGCUAUCACAUACUGGGAAGUCUGUACUCCCUUGGGACAGGAAAGAACAUCUAUGUUGAAAGGCAACGCCCUGCCCUUGGAGAAUGUCUGGCCUCAUUGGUAGCAGCUAUUCCAGUGGCAUUCCUGGAGCCUACCCUUAACCGCUAUAAUCCUCUCUCAGUCUUCAACACCAAGACCCCCAGGGAGAGAUCGAUUCUGGGGAUGCCAGACACAGCAGAGGAGAUGUGUCCUGAUAUACCACAGCUGGAAGGCCUGAUGAAGGAUAUCAACGCACUGGCCGAGUCGGGGGCCCGAUACACUGAGAUGCCCCAUGUCAUUGAGGUGAUCUUGCCCAUGCUGUGCAACUACCUGUCCUACUGGUGGGAGCGGGGGCCUGAGCAUCUGCCCCCCAGUGCAGGGCCCUGGUGCACCAAGGUCACCUCUGAACACCUCAGUGUCGUCCUGGGCAACAUUCUGAAAAUCAUCAACAACAACCUGGGCAUCGAUGAGGCCUCCUGGAUGAAGCGCAUUGCAGUGUAUGCCCAGCCAAUCAUCUCUAAAGCCAGGCCUGACCUGCUCAGAAGUCACUUUAUACCAACUCUGGAGAAACUGAAGAAAAAGGCUGUGAAGACGGUGCAGGAGGAAGAGCAGCUGAAAGCAGAUUGCAAGGGGGACACACAGGAGGCAGAGUUGCUCAUCCUGGAUGAAUUUGCAGUGCUCUGCAGAGACCUCUACGCCUUCUACCCCAUGCUGAUUCGCUAUGUGGACAACAACAGAUCGAACUGGCUCAAAAGCCCUGAUGCUGAUUCUGACCAGCUCUUCCGCAUGGUGGCAGAGGUCUUCAUCCUAUGGUGCAAAUCUCAUAACUUCAAGAGGGAAGAGCAAAAUUUUGUGAUUCAGAAUGAAAUUAAUAAUUUGGCAUUUUUAACUGGAGACAGCAAAAGCAAGAUGUCAAAAUCUGGCGGACAGGACCAGGAGCGGAAGAAGACCAAGCGACGGGGAGACCUAUAUUCCAUCCAGACUUCCCUCAUCGUGGCUGCGCUCAAGAAGAUGCUGCCCAUCGGUUUAAACAUGUGUACCCCCGGUGACCAGGAACUUAUCUCCCUUGCAAAGUCACGAUACAGUUAUAGAGACACAGAUGAAGAGGUCAAGGAGCAUUUACGGAAUAACUUGCACUUGCAGGAAAAGUCUGACGAUCCAGCUGUCAAGUGGCAACUGAACCUCUACAAAGAUGUUUUGAAGAGUAAAGAGCCUUCCAAUCCAGAAAAGACGGUGGAGCGUGUACAGAGAAUUUCUGCAGCUGUCUUCCACCUGGAACAGGUGGAGCAGCCUCUGAGGUCCAAGAAGGCAGUCUGGCACAAACUAUUGUCAAAGCAACGGAAACGAGCUGUGGUGGCUUGUUUCAGGAUGGCCCCUCUCUACAAUCUGCCCAGGCACCGCUCUAUUAACCUCUUCCUCCAUGGCUAUCAGAGAUUUUGGAUAGAAACAGAGGAGUAUUCCUUUGAAGAGAAACUAGUACAGGAUUUGGCUAAAUCUCCCAAGGUGUGUGAGGAGGAGGAAGAGGAGGUGAUGGAGAAGCAGCCAGACCCACUCCAUCAGAUUGUCCUCCAUUUCAGCCGCAACGCCCUCACCGAGAGGAGCAAACUGGAAGAUGAUCCUUUGUACACCUCCUAUUCCAGCAUGAUGGCCAAGAGUUGUCAGAGUGGAGAGGAUGAAGAAGACGAAGACAAGGAAAAAACAUUUGAAGAGAAGGAAAUGGAGAAGCAGAAAACUCUCUAUCAGCAGGCUCGACUGCAUGAGCGAGGAGCCGCAGAAAUGGUCCUUCAGAUGAUAAGUGCCAGCAAAGGUGAGAUGAGCCCCAUGGUGGUUGAGACACUGAAGCUGGGCAUCGCCAUUCUGAACGGGGGCAAUGCCGGUGUGCAACAGAAAAUGCUAGAUUACCUAAAAGAGAAAAAGGAUGCUGGAUUCUUUCAAAGCCUUUCUGGUCUUAUGCAGUCUUGCAGUGUCCUUGAUUUGAAUGCAUUUGAGCGACAGAAUAAAGCUGAAGGCCUGGGGAUGGUGACUGAAGAAGGAACACUCAUUGUUCGUGAGCGUGGUGACAAAGUACUCCAGAAUGAUGAGUUUACACGCGAUCUCUUUAGAUUCCUACAAUUACUUUGUGAAGGACAUAACAGUGACUUUCAGAACUUCCUUCGGACCCAGAUGGGCAACACCACCACCGUGAAUGUUAUCAUAAGCACUGUAGACUACCUGCUGCGUUUGCAGGAAUCAAUCAGUGAUUUCUACUGGUAUUAUUCUGGGAAGGACAUCAUUGAUGAAUCUGGACAGCACAAUUUUUCCAAAGCUCUGGCAGUCACCAAACAGAUUUUCAACUCUCUAACAGAAUACAUCCAGGGCCCGUGCAUUGGGAACCAGCAGAGCCUGGCUCACAGCAGGCUGUGGGACGCAGUGGUCGGCUUCCUCCAUGUCUUUGCUAACAUGCAGAUGAAACUCUCUCAGGAUUCCAGUCAGAUCGAGCUGCUGAAGGAACUCUUGGAUCUCCUUCAGGACAUGGUGGUGAUGCUUCUGUCCCUCCUGGAAGGGAAUGUGGUAAAUGGAACAAUUGGCAAGCAGAUGGUUGACACACUGGUAGAAUCAUCUACCAAUGUAGAAAUGAUCUUGAAAUUCUUUGACAUGUUCUUGAAACUUAAAGACUUAACCAGCUCAGAUACCUUCAAAGAAUAUGACCCAGAUGGUAAAGGAAUUAUCUCGAAAAAAGAAUUCCAGAAAGCCAUGGAAGGGCAAAAACAGUAUACCCAGUCAGAGAUUGACUUUCUCCUCUCAUGUGCAGAAGCAGAUGAGAAUGAUAUGUUUAAUUACAUUGAUUUUGUAGACCAGUUCCAUGAGCCAGCCAAAGACAUAGGUUUCAAUGUGGCAGUACUAUUGACAAAUCUCUCUGAACAUAUGCCUAAUGAUUCUCGCCUCAAGUGUUUGUUGGACCCAGCAGAAAGUGUGCUCAAUUACUUUGAACCAUACCUCGGACGCAUUGAAAUCAUGGGCGGGGCCAAGAAAAUUGAGCGUGUUUACUUUGAGAUCAGUGAAUCCAGCCGAACUCAGUGGGAGAAACCCCAAGUGAAGGAAUCUAAGAGACAGUUCAUUUUUGACGUUGUCAAUGAAGGUGGAGAACAAGAAAAAAUGGAACUGUUUGUGAACUUUUGUGAGGACACCAUCUUUGAGAUGCAGUUGGCAUCACAGAUCUCGGAAUCGGACUCAGCUGAGAGGCCAGAAGAGGAAGAGGAAGAAGAGGAAGAUCCUUCGUAUACACUAGAAACGGAGGGUGGAGAGGAGGGGGACACAUCUUUGGAAUCUGUCUCUGCAUUUGCCAUGGCCUGUGCCUCGAUGAAGAAAAAUGUGGCCAACUUUCUGAAAAGAGCAACCCUGAACAAUCUCAAGAAACAGUACAGAAAGGUGAAAAAAAUGACUGUCAAGGAGCUGGUGAAGGUGUUCUUUUCUUUCUUCUGGAUGUUGUUUGUGGGUCUGUUCCAAUUAUCUUUCACUAUACUGGGAGGAAUAUUCCAGGUCCUCUGGAGCACAGUGUUUGGAGGGGGCCUGGUAGAAGGGGCAAAGAACAUUAGGGUGACCAAGAUCCUGGGCGACAUGCCUGACCCAACCCAAUUUGGUAUCCAUGAUGAUGCUACAGAGGCUGAGAGGGCCGAAGUGACUGAGCCAGGUAUCACAGCUGAACUGGUACACUUUGUAAAAGGUGAGAAGAAUGAUGCAGACAUUAUGUCAGAUCUCUUUGGAUUACACCCAAAGAAAGAAGGUGGCCCAAAACAUGGACCUGAAGUGGGUUUAGGUGACCUCUCUGAGAUUAUUGGCAAGGAUGAGCCUCCUACACUAGAGAGUACUGUACGGAAAAAAAGGAAAGCACAGGCAGCAGAAAUGAAGGCAGCACGUGAUGCCGAAGGAAGAGUCAAUUCUGAGAAGGCAGAUGAAGAUAAGGUGCCUGCAGAGAACCAUCCCAGUGAAGGAAGGAAGCAGGCAGUUGGAGCUGCAGGGGUGAAAGUCUCACAGAGGCUCCUUUUGCUAUUAAGAGUGCAUGUCUUGGGCCAGGUUACCGAGGAACCUUUAGAAGAAGAAACGGAGGAUGUUGCCAAUCUGUGGAAUUCCUUCAACGAGGAGGAGGAGGAGGAAGCCAUGGUGUUCUUUGUCCUGCAGGAGAGCACUGGUUACAUGGCUCCUACGCUGAGGGCCCUGGCUAUCAUCCACACGGUCAUCUCCUUAGUCUGUGUGGUGGGCUAUUACUGCCUGAAGGUACCUUUAGUGGUGUUUAAAAGGGAAAAAGAGAUUGCCAGGAAGCUGGAGUUUGAUGGCCUGUAUAUCACUGAACAGCCAUCUGAAGAUGACAUCAAGGGCCAAUGGGACCGUCUGGUAAUCAAUACACCGUCUUUUCCGAAUAACUACUGGGACAAGUUUGUAAAGAGAAAGGUGAUCAACAAGUAUGGAGACCUCUAUGGAGCAGACCGCAUUGCUGAACUCCUGGGUUUGGACAAAAAUGCCCUUGACUUUAGCCCAGUGGAAGAAACUAAAGCUGAAGCGGCCUCUCUCAUGUCGUGGCUGAGUUCUAUCGACAUGAAGUAUUAUAUCUGGAAGCUGGGAGUCGUUUUUACAGAUAAUUCCUUUCUCUACCUUGCCUGGUACACCACCAUGUCAAUCCUGGGCCACUACAACAACUUUUUCUUUGCUGCUCACCUACUGGACAUUGCGAUGGGCUUCAAGACUCUGAGAACUAUCCUAUCAUCUGUAACUCACAACGGCAAACAGUUGGUGCUGACUGUCGGUCUCCUGGCUGUCGUGGUUUAUCUCUACACGGUGGUGGCCUUCAACUUCUUCCGCAAGUUCUACAACAAAAGUGAAGAUGACGAUGAGCCUGACAUGAAGUGCGAUGACAUGAUGACGUGUUACCUAUUCCACAUGUAUGUGGGUGUGAGAGCUGGAGGUGGCAUUGGUGAUGAAAUUGAAGACCCUGCUGGCGAUCCUUAUGAAAUGUACCGCAUUGUCUUUGACAUCACCUUCUUCUUCUUCGUCAUUGUGAUCUUGUUGGCCAUCAUUCAAGGCCUUAUCAUUGAUGCUUUUGGGGAGCUAAGAGACCAACAGGAACAAGUGCGAGAAGACAUGGAGACUAAAUGUUUCAUCUGUGGGAUUGGCAAUGACUACUUUGACACCACCCCUCACGGCUUUGAGACACAUACAUUACAAGAGCACAACUUAGCCAACUACCUGUUCUUUUUAAUGUACUUGAUUAAUAAAGAUGAAACAGAGCACACAGGUCAGGAAUCUUACGUCUGGAAGAUGUACCAGGAAAGGUGCUGGGACUUCUUCCCCGCCGGUGACUGCUUUCGAAAGCAGUAUGAAGAUCAGCUUGGAUAAAUCGGAAUCAAAGAUGUGCCACGACCUCCGGCUGCUCAACUACCAGUGAACUAACAUCCUCCUUAUACACUUCUGCAGACCUUUGAAUGAUGACAUUUUCUAAAUGCCAUUUGUUCAAAUCUGUGCCAUUGUGGAUUGAUCUGGGCUUUUUGUGCCCAAUGGAUGGACACGGUGGGAAAGAACUUGUCAAAACACAGAGUGUGCAAAAGGACGCCAAAGACUCAAGGACGUUCUCAGAAAAUGCCUUCAAAUUUUUCAUUUCUACCCAGUGAGAUGGGAUGGCACCACUGAGGCAAGGGCAAAGUUUCAAAAGCUGAACGCCUAAAACUUUAAACAGUGGAAUGUCACAGGACAGUAUCUCCCAACCGACGAGUGGUUUAAAUGAACAAAACCCACUUUAACUGCAGUACGAUCUUUCCCAUGGUAUUUGCUAGUGAAUGUACUCAGAAUCAGCUUGAAAAGCUUUAAGCAGUUAAAUAGGAAAAAAAAAAAAACACAACACUUUGUCGACACUGAAAUAUCGAUUAAGUGCCUUAAAACCUCUUUAGAUAUAUAGCUAUGCAAGUUUUUUAUGUUUAUGUUUCAGACGGACAAUUUCAUUAAUUAGUUGACCUUUGUCUUAUUUCAUGAAACUGCACUUGAAAGUUAUUCCUAUGAUUUUUUUCGGUAACAGCUUGUCAACUUGCUGUUAUUAGAAGAAAAGUACUGUACUGAAAUUUCAGAAAAAAAAAUCUCAAUCUUAUGCCAAAUUGAGUAAUGCUUUAUGGUCCUUUGUAAGUAGUGGAGCUGCUAUGUUUAGGUGAAUCUCCUUCAGUGAAAUGAAGUGCCCACUGCAAUAAAGUAAUACAAACCAA